CAUUACAUCACAUAAUCGGGUCCACCAAAUCUUGACGGACAUGAAUAGAAGCGUACAGCACUCGAUGAUUGGACGGACCCUGCACCUCGUUAAACGCGAGAGAAUAGCACUUCCACGCGAGGCCGACAAAUACAACACGCUGCACAAAAGACCAGAACCACAAAACGUGUCCAACACGCGUGCGCCUCGGCUCGUGAACAACAUGUGCCCACCGGCGAGGCAUAGCGUACAUAUACCAUGACCUUUCGCCACCAAAGCCCAUGAAUUUUGGAUCCAUUGGCAUCGAUUCCCAUUCUCAGGACAUGAAGAGAUUUGAAAGGCGCGAAGACGCACCCCCAGACCCUGCCGCGCGGCCUCAAGUCCUCGAUUCGCAACAACAACCACCAAAUCUCCCACCCAAAAGCGAUCCCGCAAGACCUGAUGACCUUAGCAGACAGCGCGCACCAGCUGAACUCAUCCCCGAAGACCGUGACCGCGAUCGCUUGAGGCAGCGCCCCUCUCCAGUAGAGGAUCGCGGAAAACAACGGGCACCAACCGAGCUCCCGCCCGAAGACCGCACCAGGCAGCGCCCAUCUGCCGCAGAAGACCGGGGCAAACAACUUGCACCAGCGGAGCUCAUCCCCGAAGACCGUGCUAGGCAGCGCCCAUCCCCGGGAGAUGACCGCGGGAAACAACGUGCACCAGCUGAGCCCUUCCCUGAAGACCGCGACCGCACGAAACAGCGCCCACCCCCCACAGAUGACCGCGGCAGACAACGCGCCCCCGCGCAGGCCCCACAAUACAAUGAGCGCUCCCCCCUCUUCACACCUCCCCCGUCGCACGCAACCGCAGGCCCAAGCCGCGGGUAUGACGCAUAUAGAUACAACCAGCCCUCGCCCGCUAACUCAGAUGACAUCGUCAUCACAGACAACCGCACGCAGCCUCGGCCUCAGCCUAAAACAGGCUUCUGGGCGCGGCUCACAGGUACCACGAGAGACAGGGGUGAUCCAGAGCCCGUGAACACACACACACGCGGCCGGCUCCCCCCACAGCCCUCCCUCCCCAAUGUCCUGCUCUUUGGCGAGCGCGGCGCAGGCAAAAGUUCUCUUAUCGACAUGCUUGCCGGCCAGGACAUCUCCCGUCUAUCUGACCCAGGCCUUGCAGCAUUCGCGAGCAGGGGUUAUGUUGUCAAUAUGGGCGGGCGGGAGGUGAUGUUGUGGGACUCGGUGGGGCUGCACAAGGAGGAUGACCACGAUACGAUUUCGGAGGGUGCUGCAAGGAACUUGCAGGGGUUGAUACAGAAUCUGCAUAGUGGCGUCAACCUCCUCGUGUACUGCAUCAACGCCGCGCGCGUGAGCGAGGCUCUGGAUGUCAAUUACGAUGCAUUUUAUCGCAUCAUCGCAGGCAAGAAGGUACCUGUGGUGCUUGUCGUGACGGGUUUGGAGAACAAGGAUCCAAUGGAGGGGUGGUGGAAGGAGAACGAAGCCGAAUUUAAGAGGCACGGGCUGACGUUCGAUGGGCACGCCUGCAUCACCACUACCAGAGGGAAACCGCUCAAGGACGGUCCUGGCUACUGGCACGACGAGUUAUAUGAACAAUCCAGACUGGCUGUUAGGGAGUUGAUCAAGGCUAAACUUGGUGCAGCCGUUAUCAUUCGGGAGGAAGGAAAACUAGCGGAGCUGAGGGAGCUUUUACGAGAGCGGAACGGGAUUGUGACGAGCCAAAACGGAAAUAAAGGAAAGAAGGCGUGGAGUCUAGGAGAAACGGGGGGUAAUAGAGAAGUGAAUGGUGGCUACGAAAGCACGCAUGACCAGCAGUGGGACGAUGACAGGGCAGACAGAAUAGAACGAGAAGGCAGGACAGCAUCGUUAGCUUUACUGGGUGGGUUAUUUGCCGUAUUUAUUUUCUUACAGUCAGGCGUCAUCAGUUGCUUCUGAUUACGAGACCUUCGGACACGUAUCAGCGUUUUCAUAUGCCAAUCACACUCACUGGUUCAUCGCACCUGUCACCGGCAGAAAAAACUAGAUAAAGCUAAAAGUUCAGUGUCAAGGACCGAUCCAUUCUGAGCAAAGGGGGUUAUACAAAACCUAUAAGUUAAUACACUCUGCA